AAUUCAAGUCUAAAAAAAAAUCAGUUUUGUGUAUUGCUCAACCAUGUAUGAAGCCUACUUCAAUAACAAGUUCACAAAUGCACUUGUGUUCUAUGUUUUCUUGUUACUUUUGAUUCUCCUUUCACCAUUUCUUUUCAUUUGGGAACUCAUCAAUGCUACCUGGUCAUUUUUCCAACGUAGCGAAAGCAUGUUAGGAAAAGUGGUUUUGAUCACUGGUGCUUCGUCGGGACUUGGAGAGCUCAUGGCUUAUGAAUAUGCAAAACGAGGUGCACGUUUAGCGAUUAUAGCAAUAAAAGAGCCAGAAAGUCGGCUUGAAAACGUAGCUGAUAAAGCCCGUGAACUCGGGUCUCCUGAUGUCCUGUUUCUAUUUGCUAAUGUAUCAAAUGUUGAAGAGUGUAGGAUGUUCGUGGGUGACACCGUUAAACAUUUUGGUCGUUUGGAUCAUCUUGUUUGUAAUGCUGGGAUUGCAGCCAUUUAUUCAAAAAACAUCGAUGUCACCAAGUUCACACCCAUGAUGGAUAUAAACUUUUGGGGAUCGGUUUAUCCAACUCAUUUUGCAAUCCCACACCUCAUGAAAACAAAUGGAAAGAUCAUUGUCAAUGCCUCAUCUGCCGGAGUGCUGAACCCACCAAAAGGCGGCUUCUACAAUGCAAGUAAAGCAGCAUUGAUUAGCUUCUAUGAGUCUCUUAGAUUUGAAGUGUCUCCAACAAUAACAAUAACAAUUUUGACACUUGGGUUGGUAAAAACAAACAUCACAACAGCCAAGUAUUCCACAACUGGUGUUGGCCUUCAUCUAAGAAAAGAUCUUGGAGCUGUGCUCCCAACAAUGGAUCCCGAGCCAUGCACGAAAGCCAUUGUAGACGGGGUAUGUAGAGGAGCAACAUCCAUUACAGAACCAAGGUUUUUUAAGGCUCUCUUCUUGAUCAAGUUCUUGUUCCCACAGCUACAUCGUUUCUACCUUGGCCUUUAUUUUCCUCGAACGAUUAAAAAGGGUACGGGUGCACCUAUGAAAAAUAGUUGCUAAUGCUGUCGGAACUCGGAAUCUGAACCGAUUUAUAUAACUCGUCCGUCAUAACUGGUUUUAUGUUUUCUGGAAUAUGGUUGUUCUCAAAUUUCAAUUUAGCUAGGCUUGCUCAACGGAUUGUAACUUCUUUUAUUUUAACCAAGGAUUGUAACUAACUGUUGUAAUGUAUGCAAUUUACCAAUGUAUUUUUUCAAUUUUAAGUUAAAAUUUUUAACCAA